UUAGUAAAGAACUUCAAGCGUCUUCAAGCUUAGAAUGUUGUAUUUAGGUGCCUAUGAAGGACUUGUGAGAUGCGAGUUAUGCACUUGGCAUAAGAAUCUAUAAGGAUAGAUCACAGAAGCUGUUAGGUCUCAGUCAAAGUACAUACAUAGACAAGGUCCUCGCUAGAUUCAGCAUGUCUGAGUCGAAACGAGGAAGUUUGCCUAUGGUCCAAGGCACGAGUCUUUCCAAGACUCAGGGUGCUUCCACUCCGGAGGAAGUAGAACGCAUGAGAAAUGUUCCUUAUGCGUCGGCCAUUGGAUCCAUCAUGUAUGCGAUGUACAUGGCUGCAGCCGAGGCAGCCAAGGAAGGUGUGUGGCUCAAGAAUUUUAUUACUGAGCUUGGAGUGGUUCCUAGCAUCAAGAACCCUAUACCGUUGUUUUGCGACAACAAUGGGGCAAUUGCACAAGCGAAAGAACCUCGGUCUCACCAGAAGACCAAACACAUCGUUAGACGUUAUCACAUCAUACGAGAAAUCGUUGCACGUGGGGACGUUGAGAUUUGCAAGAUAGGUACAGACGACAAUAUCGCGGAUCCGUUGACGAAGGCUUUGGGAAAGCCUAAACACAAGAGUCAUACGUGGUCCAUGGGCAUUCGAGAAAUGCUUGAUUGGCCUUAGGGCAAGUGGGAGAUUGUUGUAUUUAGGUGCCCUAGCGGCAAUCAAAUACCUACGUAACUGUACACUUUAUCAUGAAUAAAAGGCCUUGAACGAGAGUUUUCAUUCGGCCAUACCAUUUCUUGAGAGAGAAAAAUUCUUUUGUGUUCCAUUAAUAUCAUUUUGUGUAUAGAAAAUAUCUAUAAUAUUUUCUAAAUAUUAUUAGAAAUAUUUUCUAUAGAAAUAUACAAGAUUAUUAUUAUCCCAAUUUUAAUCUUUAUAUUUUAUACUACUAUAAUCUUUACUAGCAUAAAGAUUGUGGUAGACU